AUGGACGCGGAGGAUUCCAUGGUUGCUAUGGUUUCUCUUCAGUGUGAAGUUCCCGUUCUCCUGACUGACAGCCAGACAGGAAGGAGAAUCUCUGCUCGCCAGGCAGAGAGCGUGAGGAGGCCCUCAGCCUGCAGACAGUGUGCAUGCUGCAGGGACGACCAGGGGCCGACUCUAAAGAGAAAGCGCCGGCUCUCUGCUGCUACUGGAGACCUUCCCCAGAAGAGGAAGCGCACCUCCGUGGCCCGUCCCCUGCCUGAACAUCCAGAGGUUUUGGACAGUGUCCCCACUCCGCAGCCCUCCACUCCUGCUCGUGACGUUCCAGGGUCUUUGGAUUUGGUCCUGAAGCCUCGAGCCACCAUCCCACCUGAUGACCUUCCAGUAGUCCCCAGUGUGGCCCCCAGCCUCCAGCCCUCCACUGCUCCACUGCACCACGACGGCCCUCUGAAGAUACUCAACCUUUCAGUAGACGGGUACCAGCAGCUCUACCACGAGGUUGUUGAUGAUAUGCUGAGGUUCAAGAACGGCCGUCUGCGUCCAUACAGUCUAGACCUGGGACGCAUCCUCAAGCAGAAGCUGUGGGAGAGACUGGACCGUCCUCUGUUUACCCAAACAGUCAACGGAGACGGACUGGUGAACGUGGAGGUCUCCUACCGGGUUGGAGUCUAUCCUCCUCUUUACGAGGUGGACACUUCAGGGGAACCAAGACCGGGGACCCCACCAAAGAGCUAA